CGGAUGGAGGCGAUCAGAAGGACAAAACAGAUAAUGGAAAUGAUCAGAAGGACAAAAAAGAGAAUGGAGACGCUCAGAAGGACAAAAAUGAGAAUGGAAAACGGUCAGAAGGACAAAAAAGAGAAUGGAGACGAUCAGAAGGACAAAAAAGAGAAUGGAGACGAUCAGAAGGACAAAAAAGAGAAUGGAGACGAUCAGAAGGACAAAAAUGAGAAUGGAGACGAUCAGAAGGACAAAAAAGAGAAUGGAGACGCUCAGAAGGACAAAACAGAUAAUGGAAAUGAUCAGAAGGACAAAAAUGAGAAUGGAGACGCUCAGAAGGACAAAAAUGAGAAUGGAGACGGUCAGAAGGACAAAAAAGAGAAUGGAGACGAUCAGAAGGACAAAAAAGAGAAUGGAGACGAUCAGAAGGACAAAAAAGAGAAUGGAGACGAUCAGAAGGACAAAAAAGAGAAUGGAGACGCUCAGAAGGACAAAACAGAUAAUGGAAAUGAUCAGAAGGACAAAAAUGAGAAUGGAGAUGAUCAGAAGGACAAAAAAGAGAAUGGAGACGAUCAGAAGGACAAAAAUGAGAAUGGAGACGAUCAGAAGGACAAAAAAGAGAAUGGAGACGAUCAGAAGGACAAAAAUGAGAAUGGAGACGAUCAGAAGGACAAAAAAGAGAAUGGAGACGAUCAGAAGGACAAAAAAGAGAAUGGAGACGAUCAGAAGGACUUGCAUGAUGAUGUGAAAAAUGUGUAUGACCCAUCUGGAAUAAACAAAGAGGAAGAAAGCAGUCAUUUCUUCGCCUACCUUGUCUCUACAGCCGUGCUGGUGGCAGUGCUCUACAUAACUUACCACAACAAGCGCAAGAUAAUUGCUUUCGCUCUGGAGGGAAAGAAGUCCAGAUCCACACGCCGACCUAAAACCACAGAAUACCAGAAGCUGGAUCAGCUUAUGUGAUCUGAAGCCAUCGCAAUGAACGUCUGAAUAAACUGUUGGAGGCGUGAGAAGGAGGGUGGAGGGUGGAGGGUGGAUACUGCGGUUUGAUAUUUUAUCGGUGUGCUGUGAUUGAUUUGACUUUGUGUUAAAUGGACAUUUCCUAUUUUGUACCUUUAGAUGUUUAUUGCAUGACUAUGCAGAUGACACUGUUGCCUUACUGAGGGAAUUAGUGAAAUGCAGCGAAGGUGAAAUAAGCAUUCUGUUCUUUUGCACUUGGGUUGUUAUUCCACUUUUUAGGCAGUCUGGUAAAUUGGCCGGACUAAGGUCCUGACUCAGGAUAUUUCAGUAGCAAAUUAGCCAUUUGGAUUCUAGCCUUGUUUGUUUGGUACAUUUAGAGAUCGCACUGCCUAAAUAAGCCAUCUGAAUCUUUGUAAGAUACUGUACUUGUUUGAGAUGUAAAUGUCUAUCAGAUAAAAAUGUAUCAAGUUUCCAUUUAGACGUAGAGAAGUACCCGUGAAGAGUUUCCUGUUAACAGCCAUAUGGUGUCGGCCAGAUGAAUGUAAUAACAACUUUUAUUUUUCCAGAAGAGAUGCUAUCACUGUGGUUACACACUUUGAAAUGAGCCCGUUUAGUUUUUGAAGAGUUAAUUAAAAAAAAAAAAAAAAAUCUGUUGCUCUCAUUAUCUUUGUGGAAAAUAUGAGCUAUUUAGCCAGCAGCUAUUAAACUUAGCCUAGCAUAAAUACAGGACAUGGGGAAACUAGCAAGACCUUGCUUCAGAUGGAACUAAAUCCAGGACCUUGAAAGCUCAGAAAUGACUUUAUCGAUUCGUACAAAAACUGAACUGAAAACAAUAUGCGGUAGUUUUAGAAGUUCACUACGUGCAGCAGAAACAUUUAUGCUAUGCUCCGCUAAGGUAAUUGGUUGCUGGCUGUAGCUUCCUAUUUGGCAUACGGAUAUGAGAUGCAGCAGCCUUUUCAUGGAACUCUUAGGAAGAAAGUGAGCAACUAGACGACACCUUACCGGUCUUCUCAAGUAUAAUUGAAUUACUUGGGUAGGCGCAUAUAUCCUUAUUUAUUUAUUCAGACUGUACGUCAUGCAAAACAGUCUGGGUGGUCUGGAACAGCCACCUCUUGAAUCACCUAAAAAAAGUGUCUGUCUCGUUUAUGUUUGGCUUCCCAACACAUCUUGUGUCUGCUUUGGAUGAAUUUUUUUCACUUUGUACCACUUGAUGCUUUCUGGUCUAAAAUGCUGUUUAUCCUAACCUGAACACUUGUUAAGAGGAAGCUGGCCAGCAGCUGCAUCAUUUUGAAUGAUGCGACUGAACUAUUGUGUGGUGUAGGGAUGAACACUAUUAUAUAAGAUUUAUUCUUUUCCUGUGUGAUUAUCUUGAGUGAUAACAGACCUGUGCCAAAUUGUGACUGAUUUCUACUUAGUGUCAGUCUUGUAUAUUGUGCCUGUUUCCCUUAACAGUGUAUUUCUAGCAGGUGUUUGUUGAAAGGAAGCCGAUUCUGUUAGGAAAAAAAAAAAAACAAACAAACAGGAAAAACAAGUCCAGAUUAUGUUAAAUUAUAUAUUUUGUAUCGAGAAAUCCACAAAGAAAAUUGGACAUUUUAUAAUCUUUUUUUAACAACACAUUCCUCUGUGAAAUGAAGCACCCGAAUUAGUCAGAAAACAUCAUUGACAACUGGCUAAGCAGUUCAAUAUAAGGUGUUUGUAUGAGUUGAUUAGGAGGGACAUUAUGCCAUCCUUCAGAUGUCAGGCCGAGAGCUGUGAGCCCUAUAAAAAAAGCUUUUUGUACUUCCCGGCCUCAAAUAAGUUGGAUUACUUAUCCAACGUUGAAACACUGGUGCAGUGAUUUGGGGUCUAGACUGUCAGAUACAGGUUUAUAAUCCAAAGAGGUGUUCUGAUACUGAUUAUUCAUCUUGGUACAUAUGAGCCAAGAUAAAUUCCUGCAUUUAAAAGUCUGUUAAACUACUUCACAAAAUAAAAAAAGUAUUUGAAAAUAAA